AUGUCGAGCAGGAACGUUGCUGCUCAAUAUUUGUCGACCGAAAACCUCGGAAAAUCUAGCCCGAAGAGAAAAAAGAAAAAGAGGAGGAAGCACCGAGAUGUCUUCGAUAUACCAGGAGUAAGAAAAAUCGUGCUUAGUGAACUGGCCCAAAAGAUUAUAGGAUGUGUUGCUGGGGAAGAUGUUACUGCAGAAAACCCAUGGAUAUUUGUGCCAAGGGAACCCAUAACAGAUAAUCUAGAAUUACACGAAGAUAGUUCAGAAUUUUUGGCGGUGAAAAAUGAAAUUUUGGUAUACCCUGGAAGUAAAUUUUUAAUUGGCUAUAUUCCCGAUGAAUCCAAAGAUACGGAUGAAUUUUAUAUCUGCGUUACUGAAGAAGCCACCCAAACCGUCAAAGAUAUUAUAGAAAAGAUGAAAGAACAACAAGAAGAGAGACUGUAUAAUACACUUAAUAAAACCGUUAGGGAGUGGUUACCAAUGGGAACAGAAGAAGAAGUCGAUGAGAAUUUAAUAAAAAAUAAUCGGCCAUUGAUCGAAGUCGAGAUAGAAUCCCAAUAUCCAAUUUUUUCCCAAAAAGCUGAAUUCGAAAUUGUCAGAGCUGAAAAAAGAAGAGACGGCUAUGUAGAAUUGAAAUGGACGUCUGAUGAAAGAAUUAUUAAUGUAUAUAGGAAAAGGAUAAGCCAAUACGUCCAAGUUGCUCCCCAAUUUGUGACUACAGAAGUGCAGACCAUCUGCACUUAUCCUAGAAAUUCAGCAACCCAAUACUUAUACGAAAUUAACGACACUUCGCACCUACUGGAAGAGCAUGCCAAGUCUAUACAAAACUAUGUUGACGACAAUAUGGAAAACUUAUCAGAUUUGUUAAAGGUGAACGCAGCUUUGAAUCUCUACUCCGACGAUUACGCUGACUUGAUAAACAAAGACUGCAGUUUUCUGACAGGAACUACAGUUGAAGAAGUGAAGGAGUACAUGUCGUUCAUGGAUGUCAAUCUGUGUAAAGACAAGAUGAUAGCUGAUGUCUCGUGGCAUCCUAUGUGGUCCGGUACAGUGGCUUUGGCGUACACCGAUGAAGCACCUUUUAUCUUUCAUUACGGACCCAACACUGAAGACAGUGUUCUAAAGGCUGUCCAUGGAGACAAUCCAACCUUAAUAUGGAGUUGUUUGGACGUCCUUAAGCCUAAACUUAUAUUAGAAUCACCAAGAGAAGUCACAAAGUUAUCUUUCUGUGAAUUUGACGAAAACGUCCUAGUGGGUGGCUUAAAAAAUGGACAAAUUAUCAUUUGGGAUAUACGAAAUAAACUUCACAAAGUCGAAGAACUUGAAGUGUUAACUACUGCGCAACAAAAAUACCGAGCUUAUAUGCAUUCUUUAAUGUCAUGGAUGAAGAAUAUUUACGAUUUGGCCAUCGUAAGACCUACGGCCUUAUCAGAUCAUCGGUAUUCACACAAAGGACCAGUUACAGGCAUAACUUGGUUAUCCCCUUUCUAUGAGUAUUCAAAGCUAGGAGUUCUCUCUGAAAAACCAGAAGAUACUGAUCAUUCCAUGCAGUUUUUAACUUCUAGUGAGGACGGUACCAUCAUGAUUUGGGACCUUAUGAAGAAACCUACUGUACAGCCAGGUGGUUUUAAACCAAGAAAACUCAGGAGACUAAAGCAAAAACCUAGCGCACUGAUGGUGGAUGUAUCACCAUAUAGAAUCUACCACCUAAACCUCAAACCUAUAUACAAAAUUGUUAUACCGAGAUUAAGGAAGCUUCCCCUGGCCAUAUCGAGUUGUCAUGAAAAUUACUGCAAAGUCGACUACGUAGAGGUUAAUGUAUCGAAAAGUAAAAAGUCUAUUAAUGAACGCAUUGUUUAUAAGCCAAUUCUGGAUAGAAGUCGUCAACAUCAAGUGGAAGCAAAUAUCUUUAUAGGAUCGAUGGAAGGUGAUUACAUACGAGUCAGUUGGGAAGGCCAAGACUUCGAUUCUGGUGAAGUGGUUAACAGCGAGAGUGGUGUCAUUAUGACAAGAGCAAACUACCACGACGGACCCAUCAAUUCCAUCCAGAAAAACCCCAUACACGAUAUGAUUUUGACCGUCGGGGGAAGAGUGUUUGCAAUAUGGACACCACAACUUCCUGAGCAGCCUCUUCUUUGGAGGAAACGGAAGAAUCUUUAUACGUCAGGAGAAUGGAACAUAUAUGAGCCUCAUUUAUUUACCAUUAAAGUCUCAAAUGGAGACGUGGAGAGUUGGGCUGUGGUAUACGAUACCAAGUUACCAGCCUUUUCUUUGCCAUUUUCUAGCGGAUUUUUGACAGCUUCAGCUUUUCAUCCGCUGAAAUUAAAGAAACAGAUUUACGGAGCGGGAGAUAAGUUAGGUUCGUUUCGUCUAUUUUACAUUCCUGAAGACGCAGCUCCGGGUUCCGUCGAAACAAAAUGCGAAAAAUUUAAAUCAUUUAUGGAAAGAGAACUUAUCAGGAAGAAAAAGUUCUUAGCAUGGCAAACGCAGUGGCUGGAAAAGAACAAAGAAAUUUUAAUGGAAAGGGGAACCGAGGAACAGGAUUUAAAUGAAAAAGAAGAGGAAGUGAAGAAAAUUGAACAAGCUGAGAAUUUGGAGAAGAAAAGUGCUGAGGAUGCUGCUAAAGUAGCCGAAGCAAACAAAAAACGGCCACAACCAGGAAAAUACGUAGAAUGGGUGAUGGCUCAACGUCAAGCUCAAGAAGAAGCACGAAUUAAGGCAACAAUAAUAAGCAAGAAACAACUUGAUACAAAAGAACUCGAAAAAAGACGAAAACCCCUACAGAAACUUGAAGAGGAAAAUGAGCGUAAGAAGAGAAAACAGAAGCAGAGAUUGAAAGAAGGAGAUAUGAUUUUCAAGGAUACGGUAGCUUCUUUAUUUCCUGAUAUAGUUAAAGAAAAGCCUGUACCACCCUCUGAUCCCUACUCAAGCCUUGAUCUCGCUAUAGAAGAUCUAGAAGAUCAGUAUAACGAGUUCAACGAACUAGGGUUUGAUGCUGAAAGAUUCGUAUAUGAUAAUCCGUACGAUUACAGAUUUUAUUGGAAACAAGUUAUUGCCCGUGGGAAAAAGAGAAGACAAUUAUUAGCAGAUCUGACAAGAAAAACAAGUAAAAGAGUCAGAGCAACUUUGGCAUCUGAUACUACCUUCAUGGGAUGGACGUCUUCCGAACAAUCGCCCGAUGCAAACUACGACGAGAUAAUAGGAGAGACGAAGAAUAAUAUUGAUGAAUUGCCAGAAGACUAGCCUCUUAAGCUCUUUAUUUGUGCCCUUAAUUAUGAUAUAUUUAUUUGAAGUUUUACGCUUCAGGCAAGAAGCCGUUUUCAAAAUACAGUACGUUUGAAACUGUUUACGGCUUGAAUGGCACACGUCAAGUAAUAGAGAACUUAUUUUAUGUAGAUAAUGUAUCACUUUUAAAAAGAUAUUAAAAAAACACAGCAGAUAUCAGUCCCGUAAAUCAUAUGUAUUAUGUGCCUACAAUGUAUUUUUUUUUGUAAAAUUAUUAAAAAUAAAAAAUAAG